AGGUAAUGUCUGUACAUGAAUUGCAAGCUACUCUCUAGUGGGGACACUGUGGGAGGAUGAACACGGAGGAGCUGGAGCUACUGACUGAUUCCAAGUAUAGAAACUAUGUAGCAGCUGUUGACAAAGCACUGAAGAACUUUGAAUAUUCCAGUGAAUGGGCAGAUUUAAUAUCAGCACUUGGAAAGCUAAACAAGGUACUACAGAACAACGCGAAGUACCAGGUAGUACCGAAAAAGCUGACUAUAGGCAAGCGCUUAGCACAAUGUCUUCAUCCAGCUUUGCCGGGAGGGGUUCAUCGGAAGGCACUUGAAACAUAUGAGAUCAUUUUCAAAAUCAUUGGACCCAAGCGUUUGGCCAAAGAUCUUUUCCUCUACAGUUCUGGACUAUUUCCACUCCUUGCCAAUGCCGCUAUGUCUGUCAAGCCAACUUUAUUGAGUCUGUAUGAGAUUUAUUACCUCCCUUUGGGGAAAACAUUGAAACCAGGACUCCAAGGACUCUUGACUGGGAUUCUGCCUGGAUUAGAGGAGGGGUCAGAGUAUUAUGAAAGAACAAACACACUGUUGGAGAAGGUUGCCUCAGCUGUGGACCAGUCAGCAUUCUACAGUGCUCUCUGGGGUAGCCUCCUCACAAGCCCUGCAGUUCGCUUGCCUGGCAUCACCUAUGUCCUCUCCCAUUUGAACAGGAAGCUUUCAAUGGAGGAUCAACUCUACAUAAUUGGCAGUGACAUAGAAUUAAUGGUGGAAGCAGUGAGCACAUCAGUGCAAGAUACCAGCGUUUUAGUACAGAGGAGCACGUUGGACCUUAUCCUUUUUUGUUUUCCUUUCCACAUGAGCCAGGCAACACGUCCAGAUAUGAUCAGAAUUUUGUCAGCAGCCCUUCAUGUAGUACUGCGCAGGGAUAUGUCACUCAACCGAAGGCUUUACGCAUGGCUUCUAGGUUUUGAUAACAAUGGUGCCCUUAUAGGACCCAGAAGUACAAGGCACAGCAAUCCCGAGGAGCAUGCCACUUACUACUUCAACACCUUCUCUAAGGAGAUGUUAGUCCAGGCAAUGGUUGGAAUAUUACAAGUUAAUGGGCACGGAGAAGAAAGCACAUUAAUGCAGGAUUUAAAGCCUUUUCGAAUUCUUAUCAGUCUGCUGGAUAAGCCUGAACUAGGCCCUGCCAUCCUAGAGGAUGUAUUGAUUGAAGUGUUUCGAACAUUAUACACACAGUGCAAAGCAGAACUGGAGCUUCAGGCAGAACCUUCUUUCAACAAAGAUCACACACAGCUAAGCAGCAAACUGAGAGAAAACAAGAAAACAGCAGAAUUGAUUAAAACUGCCAAUCUCCUCUUUAAUUCCUUUGAGCCUUACUAUAUGUGGGAUUACAUUGCUCGUUGGUUUGAAGAAUGUUGUAGGAGGACAUUACAUGCCAGACUUCAAACUGGGCCUGGAAGUGGUAGUGAGCAAUCUGAAUUACCCCUGACAAAUUUCUGCUUGUUAGUGGAUUUUCUGUUGGAUAUAGUUUCUUUGCCUACUAGAAGUAUGAGAGUGCUGUGUCAGGAGACUUACAUCGAAAUACAGACAGAACACUUGCCUCAGCUGUUGCUCAGGAUGAUUUCUGCAUUGACAAGCCACCUUCAUACUUUGCACUUGUCUGAGCUUACUGAUUCUCUCAGGCUCUGCUCGAAGAUCCUUAGUAAGGUUCAACCUCCAUUGCUAUCUGCUGGUACAGAUGGUAUCCUGCAGCUUCCAAGUGGACACAGCAGCUCCAUCAAAGAAUGGGAAAAUAAAAAGGUCCCAUCAGUUUCACUUGAAAAUCCUAAUGAUGUGUUUGAAGAUGGUGAAAAUCCUCCAAGCAGUCGAUCAUCAGAAAGUGGAUUCACCGAGUUUGUACAAUACCAGGCAGAUACAGCUGAUGACAUUGACAGAGCACUGAAUGAAGGUCACGGUGCACCUAGCAUUCCUAUUAUUGGUAGCACAUCCUCAGAGACUGAGACAGCAUCAACUGUGGGAUCUGAGGAAACCAUUGUACAGCCUCCUUCCAUAAUGACACAAGGGACAGCAGUUCGAAGUGGGAAAACAAUCCAAAAGACUGCAAUGCAGUGCUGUUUGGAGUACGUCCAACAGUUUUUAACCAGAUUUAUCAACCUGUAUAUUAUUCAGAGUAAUUCCUCGUCUCAGCCCUUAGGGGCAGAGGUUCCAGUAGACCUCACUAGAGAGCAAGUACAGACUGCAAAAUGGGACAGAGAAUCACAAGUUGAUGCUAAGGUGAAGAAAACAAACAAGAAAAAACCACCGAAAGAAUACCUUCCUGCCUUUAUUGCUGCUUGUCAGCUGUAUCUUGAAUGUUCAAGCUUUCCCAUUUACAUUGCUGAAGGAAACCGCACUUCGGAAUUACAUCCUGGGAAGCCUGAAGUUGACUGUGAACAAGUACAACCUCCUCUGUGGCUGCAGACUUUAAUGAAUGCUUGCAAGCAAGGAAGCAAUUUCAGUGUUCAGGGAGUUACUAUUUCCCUUGUGAUGGACUUGGUUGGAUUGACUCAGUCUGUUGCUCUCGUCACUGGAGAAAAUCCGAACAGUGUGGAAACUGCUCAGCCUCUCAGCCCUAACCAGGGAAGAGUGGCUGUGGUCAUCAGACCUCCUCUUACUCAAGGCAAUUUGAGAUAUAUGGCUGAAAAGACAGAUUUCUUCAAGCAUAUAGCUUUAACUCUUUGGGACCAGCUGGGUGAUGGAACUCCUCAGCAUCAUCAAAAGAGUGUGGAGCUCUUCUACCAGCUGCACAACCUUGUUCCCUCUUCCAGCAUUUGUGAAGAUGUUAUUAGUCAGCAGCUGACUCACAGAGACAAGAAAGUAAGAAUGGAAGCUCAUGCAAAGUUUGCAGUACUAUGGCAUCUCACCCGUGAUCUUCAUAUUAACAAGUCGUCUUCCUUUGGCCGUACCUUUGACAGAUCUUUGUUUAUCAUGCUGGACAGCCUUAAUAGCUUGGAUGGUUCUACAUGGUCAGUGGGCCAAGCCUGGUUAAAUCAAGUGCUUCAAAGACAUGAUAUUGCAAGGGUUCUUGAACCUUUGCUUCUACUGCUUCUUCAUCCAAAAACUCAGCGAGUUUCUGUUCAGAGAGUACAGGCUGAAUGUUACUGGACUAAAUCUCCCUAUCACCCCGAAGAAGAAAAUGAAAAGCACUUUAUGCAGAAGUUUAGCUGUGCUGAUGCAUUUUCCCAUGUGCCUGUAGGCCAAGGACAACUCAUUAUACCUAAAGAAGGCAAUGAAAAACAACUUGCUAUGGAUGAAAUGGAGAACUUCAGCCUGACUGUCAACCCCUUGAGUGACAGGCUUUCCUUGUUAAGUACCAGCAGUGAGACCAUUCCUGACCAUCAGGUUGAAAUACUGCAGAGUUCUGACUCUGGCUGUUCUCAGUCAUCUACUGGAGACAACAUCAGUUAUGAAGUGGAAACAGAAAGCCUGAGUGCUCAAGAUAGUUCUCAGACUCUGAGAGAAGACUCACCUGAUGAAAUUGUGCAACAAGUGGUUACAGAUCUUAUAUGCAAAGUUGUAAGUGGUCUCGGAGAAGAGGCUGAACCAGUUAAACAUAGUCUACACUCUGAGGAUAGUUCAUGUAAAUUCAGUCCUUUGGAAAACUCUGUAGAGGUGACAAAAAGUGAAGAUCAAAAUAUUCAAAGUAGCCAGAGUAGUUUGCUUAGUAAUGACAGCUCCCAAUUGCUAUCGGCCUCAACUGAGACUGGACUUGAGAGCUUAAGAGAUGAAACUUCACUAAAUAACUCUUCCCCCUGUAUUGCAGAAAGCCAACAAUCCCUCUCUGAUCUCACUCUUGCUUCCACUGAAUCAAAGUCCAGAAAGCGAAGCCACAGCAGUAUUCAGUUCAGCUUCAAAGGAAUGCUACCAGAAAAAAUGUCAGAAAAAGAAACAAUUGUUAAAGAGGCUGGUAAGCAACCAGGUGCAAAACCGAAGGUGAAAAUAGCCAAAAAAAAAGAUGAAGAGAAGAAGAAAGCACAAACAGAAAAGCUCAAACAAAAUGUCUUCUUUAGUGAUGGUCUUGAUUUAGAAAACUGGUACAGUUGUGGAGAAGGAGAAAUUUCAGAAAUAGAAAGUGAUGUGGGGUCCCCAGGAAUGCGAAAAUCUCCCAACUUUAAUAUCCAUCCAUUGUAUCAACAUGUGCUGCUUUAUCUCCAGCUGUAUGACUCUUCAAGGACAUUGUAUGCUUUUUCUGCAAUUAAAGCAAUUCUGAAAACAAAUCCUUCAGCUUUCGUAAGCGCUCUCUCUACUACCAGUGUCAACAAUGCGUACACUCCUCAGCUUUCGUUGCUCCAGAAUCUUCUAGCCAGGCAUCGAAUAUCUGUUAUGGGCAAGGAUUUCUAUAGUCACAUCCCAGUUGAUUCUAAUCAUAACUUUCGGAGCUCUAUGUACAUAGAAAUUCUGAUCUCCUUGUGUUUAUACUAUAUGCGGAGCCACUAUCCAACUCACGUUAAGGUAACCUCACAGGAUCUGAUAGGAAACCGUAAUAUGCAAAUGAUGAGUAUAGAAAUUCUGACACUUCUCUUUGCUGAGUUGGCAAAAGUGAUAGAAAGCUCUGCAAAGGGCUUUCCUAGUUUUAUUUCGGACAUGUUGUCCAAGUGCAAGGUUCAGAAAGUGAUCCUGCAUUGUCUACUGUCUUCUAUCUUCAGUGCACAGAAGUGGCACAACGAAAAGAUGGCUGAGAAAAACAUAGUGGCUGCAGAAGAAGGUUUCUCUGGAGACAGCCUUAUAAAUUUUUCUGAAGAUGAAUUUGACAACGGUAGUACUCUGCAGUCACAGCUUUUAAAAGUGCUUCAGCGACUGAUUGUGCUAGAACACCGAGUGAUGACUGUGCCUGAGGAAAAUGAAACGGGCUUUGACUUUGUCAUAACGGACUUGGAGCACAUCGGUCCCCAGCAGCAGACUUCUCUUCAGUACUUACAUUCCCAGCCAAUAACCUGCCAAGGCAUGUUUCUCUGUGCAGUGAUACGAGCUUUACACCAGGACUGUGCCUGUAAAAUGCAUCCCCAGUGGAUUGGCCUUAUCACUUCUACGUUGCCUUACAUGGGAAAAGUUCUUCAGAGGGUGGUUGUUUCAGUGACUCUUCAGCUCUGCAGGAACUUGGAUAAUUUAAUUCAACAGUAUAAAUAUGAAACAGGAUUAUCUGAUAAUAGGCCUCUCUGGAUGGCAUCAGUCACUCCUCCAGAUAUGGUUCUUACUUUAUUAGAAGGGAUCACAACAAUAAUUCAUUACUGCCUCCUGGAUCCAUCUACGCAGUAUCAUCAGCUUUUGGUUAAUGUAGAUCAGAAGCACUUGAUCGAAGCACGCAAUGGGAUCCUAUCUAUCUUGCAUAUGAUCAUGUCUUCUGUGACUUUGCUGUGGAGCAUCCUUCACCUUGCAGAUUCUUCAGAGAAAACUACUGCUGCUGCUGCAUCCAUUACCACUAUUAAUCUUGGGUCAACAAAG